AUGUCGAUGACCCUGGCUACCACAUGGGUGAGGAGAGGGGUUGCUGCUCAGUUUCCCACCAAAUACCAGGUCGACGAAGCAGAACUUAGCCGCAUUUCCAAACUAGCCCGGCUGCAACUGGAAGAUGCACAGCAAGAUCUUCUCGACGCGCAGAAUUCCAAGGCGACAGAGGGAUCAGAAGAUGAAGAAUCAGAUGCCGGAGUGCCUACAGGCGAAGUCGCAGACGUAACCAAACAGCCUACCACAGAUACCGAUGACCUAAAGGAAUACAAUCUUGACGACUAUGACAACGAGCCUGUGGACGAACAAGGCGAGAAGUUCUCCAUGUUUGGCAAUGUUGGCUCCCUAGCGUAUCAUGCUCCACACGAAGAAGACCCAUAUAUCGUGUUGCCGGAAGGAGAACAGGAGUCCGAAGACGAAAGAGAAGAAUUGCAGAUUCUGCCUUCGGACAACUUAAUUCUGGCGGCGAAGGUGGAGGACGAGGUUGCACAGCUAGAAAUCCUCGUGUAUGAAGAUGAAGCCGACAAUCUCUAUGUUCACCACGACAUCAUGCUGCCCGCUGUUCCAUUGUGUGUUGAAUGGAUCAAUGUCCCGGUCGGUAAGGACGCCGAAUCGAGGUCAGACGGGAACUUUGCGGCGAUCGGGACUAUGAACCCGGAGAUAGAGAUUUGGGAUCUGGAUGUUGUCGAUAGCAUGUAUCCAAACGCGAUACUGGGCCAAGAACCACAAGAACGUCCGGAAGAGUUGAAUCAAACCGGAGAGAGCUCAAGAGGCAGGAAGAAAUCGAAAAAGAAGAAAAAGAAGGCAAAAGCCAAUGAUGAGUACCACGUCGAUGCGGUUCUAGCCUUGGCCGCAAAUCGACAUCAUCGAAAUUUGCUUGCUUCAGCGUCGGCAGACAAGACAGUAAAACUGUGGGACUUGAACACCGGCAAGUGCGCAAAAUCAUACACGAUGCACAGCGGGAAAGUGUGUGCCUUGGACUGGCAUCCAAGUGAGUCGACUAUCUUGUUGAGUGGAAGCUACGAUCGAACCGUCAUUGCCACGGACAUGCGAGCCCCAGACGCAGCGGCACCAAAAUGGGUCGUCGAGGCCGAUGUUGAGAAAGUGAGGUGGGACGUCCAUGAUCCUAAUUUCUUCUUCGUCACCACAGAAGCCGGUACCGUGCAUUAUUUUGAUGCGCGGGUAGUUCCCACUUUUCAUGACAAGCCGAGCAAGCCUGUAUGGACAUUGCAGGCGCAUGAUGGGGCCGUCAGCGCAUUUGAUAUCAGCCCCUCAGUGCCGGGUCUUCUGGCCACAGGAUCAGAGGACAAGAGUGUCAAGAUAUGGAAUAUCGAGAACAAAAAACCUGCUAUGGUUGUGUCGAGAAAUCUCGAAGUCGGGCGGAUAUUCUCGGCGCAGUUCGCCCCAGAUCCGGAGGUUGCCUUCAGGUUAUCGGUGGCAGGGAGCAAAGGACGGCUGCAAGUAUGGGACAUCAGCACAAAUCCGAGCGUGAGAAAGGUGUUCGCUGGCAGGGUCCAGUUGCCAGAGUCAGAUGGUAAGGAGAGGUUAGUAGGUGCCAGUGUGAGUGACGACGAGAGUGAAGAUGAGGAAGGAGACGAGGCUGAAGGAGGGCAAGAUGGCUGGGAAUCCAUGGAUGAAGAUUAA